CCGGGGCCCAAACUGCCGCCCAGCUCCGGACCCGCCUCCACCGCCGCGCCCGCUGGGGCGAGGCGAGGCGGAGCCCUGCAGCCAGCCAGGGUUCAGUGAGCGGCCGGGAGCAGCGGGGCGGCGGCGCCGGGCGCGCUCUCUUCGAGGGGACCCAGGCGAGGCGCAGUUUCUCUUUGGACGCUUGCAGCAGCCGAAACGUGCUUUGAAUUCACAGCUGAGGACGGCACAGGUUUGCUAGGGAAGCCCCGUGACUUCAGCGUGGCCGCGGGGGUUUUGUUACGGAUUGAGUUUUGAAGGCAGGUUACAUUUUACAGUUUGUGGAAGGGGUGUGUGUAGUGUCAGAGCUUAAGGAUGAAAUGGGGAAGAACACAGCAUGUAUUUCUGAGAAGCUGGACUUGCUAUCAGCCUUUGAAAAGUAGUGUUUUAACAAAUGAACAACAAAAGGCCAUCCCAGCUGGUAUUUAGCUGAUAUUGCUAAUUACAACUGCAUAGGGAAGGCCUAGUCUGUCAGCAUUGGGACAAAAAUCAUGUGUAAUGUGAAUAUUAACAUAGUUAGGUUCCCAGUGAGGGCAACGUGCCUGAACUAUCUUCCCCUCUGUGCUUUUAAGAGCCUGUACGUGGGAUCCAAACUUUGACUUCUGAAUUUUGUAUUCACACCACAAUGUGGUAUUACAUUUACAGAUCAGUCUGCUGAUAGUUUUAGUAAGCAUAUCCCUUUAAACCCUGAUCUGUUGUACAAGGUAGGGUUUAUUUUGGCUUUUCUGCUGAUGAAUUCUUUGUCUUCAGCGAGGUUUUGAUCUUCCCUUUUUGUAGUGAAGACAAGGCCUGGAGAAUUAGAAUUUAGGAGAAUUAGAAGAGGAUAACCCUAGAAGUAGGGAAAAUGGAUAAAUAUGGUAUAGUUCCAGCAGGUGAAAAAAGAGACCUUAGUGAACAGUUUUUCAUGACUUUACAUAGUUCUUGGAUGUAUUUUCAAUGUGGCUUUCAAAUUCAUUGGGGGAAAAAUGCUCUGAAGCCACAGAUUUACUUUUUUUUUUUUUUGAAACCAUGCAUACUUUUUGCCGUGGUACUAAGUUAAAAAUGACAGUGUCUAUUCAUUGCUGAGAAAAACCUUUGCCAGGUUGCUGGUUGUUUUCAGAACUGCUGAGCUGCAGUGGGAGUGGAAAGAGUUGCUCUGAGUUUCCCAUAAUCCCUGUACCCAGUGCUUGGCCCAGUGACUGAAGCACUCUUUUGUAAAGAAUAAAGGAAGGAGCAAAAUCCCAUCCCCACAUCCAGACAGGUUCAGGCAAGGCUAGAUUUGCAUCACUGAGCAAACAGCUGCUUACCUAUGUCCUGCUCACUUCAUCACCAAGGAUGUACCUUCAGAACAAGAGUCUUCUGUGCACAGCUAGUCCAGUUUCCCUUGUUUGGUUGUAGCUGACAGUGACUACAUGCUGAAGGCAAAAUGAGUGAAUGUUAGAUCUGUACAUAAUUUUAACUUUUUAUUGUUAAAAUAUUAUAGGAAAUUUUGAAGUUAGCCGUGGAAAAAAAAGGUAAUUUUGUUUUGGUCUCAGAAUGAAUGAAGUAGCUGUGAGCUAAGAAAUACUAGUUACAUGGAUUCCUACUCACUAAAUGCAUGAUUAAAGCAGCUGAUGAGGCAAAAGCCUUGCUCCAUGCAGAGCACAAAUUGGAUGUGCAAGUGGACAUGCUUUUCAUUUUAUAUGCAUUCAGUCCUCAAAACUUUCUUGACUUGAUGGUGUUGAUAAAAGAUACCACCUCCAUACGAUGGUGGGUUUGGUACAGCCUCACUGGAAAGAGACUUCAUUAGCUUAAACCUCCCUUGAUAAAAGCAUAAAUAGUUCUCUGCUUUUUGUCAUUACAACUUAAUCUUUGCCCGUGAAUCAUGCUAAAAGCAAUUUUUAAGAACUAUGUCUCAAAGGAAGAAAAUGCAUGUUUAACUCAGUUUGAUCACAAGUUAUUGCUGGGUGGGAAGAUAUUGGCUAGUUUGAAAGCUGAAAUGCAAUUAUAAUUGUGUCAUUUUACAAAAAAGGUAGGCAAUACUAAUUUUCCUCUUUAAACACUCUAGUACAUACAGUAUGUCAUCACACUCUUUCUAUCCUGGUAAUUGCUUAGGGAAAUUCACUAGUUCAAAUGACUUGGUCUAAAAUUGGCUUUUGUUACUUGGAAAGUGUACUAGUUUCUUUGGCUAAAUUUUGUUUGUGUGAUCAUACUAAGUAUUUUGCUUGUUUAAAAAAAAUAAUUUUAAAAUAAUAUUUUGAAAAAUAUUUUUUUCAGGGAGCCAAAGUUGUGUUGUCACUGCAGUGAUGCUAAAAAGAGCUGUUUUGUUGUCAGAACUUUGGGCUUCUCUAAUGUUAGUCUAACUUCAAUAUUUUUUAAAGGUCAUCAGUGAGAAGUGGAGAAAUGGCUAAACUUACCCAGCUAAUUGACAAUGAAGUCUUCCGCGCCUAUGCUACUUAUGCAACUAUUGUUCUCCUGAAAAUGAUGCUAAUGAGUCUUAUAACUGCGUACUUCAGAAUCACGAGAAAGGCAUUUGUCAACCCAGAAGAUACAGCAUCAUAUGGUAAAGGCGAGAGUGCCAAAAAAUACCUGCGGACUGAUGCAGAUGUUGAACGUGUACGCAGAGGCCACCUGAAUGACCUUGAAAACAUUGUCCCAUUUCUUGGCAUUGGACUGCUGUAUGCUCUUAGUGGCCCCGAUCUGUCCACAGCCUUGCUGCAUUUUAGGAUCUUCGUUGGGGCUAGGAUCACUCACACCUUUGCAUAUUUGAUCCCUCUUCCCCAGCCUGCCAGAGGUUUGUCUUGGGUAGUUGGGUAUGCUGUUACCAUCUCAAUGGCAUACAAAGUGCUGAAGACGGCGUCGUACCUGUAACUGAGUCAUAGCUUCUGUGUAUCAUUUGACGUUCCAUGCAAAGUUUCCAGUGGUGUGUGUUGAUGUCUUGAAUGAACCAUCAUAAGUUUUACAGGGUGACUGGAAUUAAUUUUUUAACACAGGCUUUUCAUUCCUGGUUAGAAAUAUUUCUUUUUGGAGAAAAAAGUCCCUCUCUCUGCAUUCCCUAUUCGUGGGCUGCAUUGCCAAAAUGUUAGAUUGAAUGUUCUCUUUGCUAUUUGUCAAGUGCUUAUAAUUCUAAACAUACGAUGAUGCUGUAUUGAUAACAUGUGUGGUAAUUUUCUACAGAUGCACUAUUUUUGGCUAUAGCUCUGAAGUCUAAAUCAAUAAAGAUAAGACGAAAAAAAGUGUGUUUGAAUUUUUGUUUUCAUUUUGACUAUUCUAACUGCAGCCAGCAGAUAGAAUGUCACUAUGUAUCAGAAAGAGAUUUCCAAUCAUACAGUUCUUUGAAGAAUGCUUACCUUAAUAAUAAGAUGUAGCCAGUAAUGCUAGGUUUGUUGUAAAAAACCUUUGAUGAAAUUGCUGUUUGUGUAAUCCACUUUGGGAUUAAAAAUUGCAAACCAUUGUAGCUCCAUUUCUCUCAGAGGAGUAGAUUAAAAAAGAAAAUAAGUAUUUGGGUUAAACACUAUUUAGUGACACUGGUGAAAAUUUGAAGUAAUUAUUUUUGUAGAAGUUACUUUAUACAUAGGUUUUGUGACUGGAUAAAGUGUAGACCCUUUGUAAAUGAUCUUUUUUUUUUGUUUGUGAAUAAAUUCAGCAUAAAAUGAGUGACACUUGCAGAUGUAUAUAUCAAGUAAUUCAGAUGUGACUAUAUAAUUAGUUUGUAUGUCAUACUGUCAUAAAUAUGUUGCUGAUAGGAAGUUUUGCUCUUUGCUUAUAUCUUUCUAUGAUGUGUUAGUUUGAAAUAAUUUCUUUAAGGACUCUUUAUGGUCUUUUUUUGUUUGUUUUUAUAACUGUGGCUUAAAUAGUAGCACGAGAUUUCAAGGAAAGAAAAUAACCCCCAAAAGACUUUAUAUCCAGUGUGCUGGUCAUUGAUAAAUUUUAAAUGGCAAGUCAGAGCCCAUCGUAUUUGGUUUUCUUUCCUGCCUCCGUACUUCAGAAGCUGUUCUACUAAUGGACAGCCCAGAGAGGAGUGGAAGACUUCAUUCUGCUGUCUCCAUACGCCACAGGCUUUUCUCUUGGCCUGAGUAAAGUUGUAAUAGUGCAAGGCACAUCGUGCUGGGGCCUGCCUAUCUACCCGUUGUUGUGGUGAGUCACUGAAGGUCAGACAGCGUUGUACUAGGCUGUAGCAGAGAAGGCCGAUAGGAGGAGUUGGGAAGGAUACAGACAGACUGGGUAAAUCCAAAGAAGGGGGAUUUUUAUUGCAAUUCAAGGAUAGUGUCUAAGUUUUACUUAGUAAACAAGAGAAGGGUAGGACAUGAAAUCAACAAGUAAACAUUGAUUUACCAGAAAUUAAAUUUAACUAAUGACUGAAAUAAUGAGGAACUGGAUUCUUUAGAAAGAGGAUGUUCAAGAGAGGAUGAUUAAAAGUCAAACACUCUGGAAUUGGAAGCACAUGUCAACACCUUUGUGUUACCAGGGCCUCCAGAAGGGAACAGAACAACAGAAGCAUGGACUUCCAUGUUUCUUCUCCUUGCAUUUUUCUUUACCGCUUCCUGCUUUUGCUGUUUUCCUCCUAUACCUUCUUUCUCUAUUAGCUUUUUUUGAGAAGUUGAGACCAGCUACCUGGCAGGGUAUGACUGUAACGAAGUAAUGUUGCCCAUUAGCCCUUCCUAGUUUGAGAGGGGCUGGUAGUGGAGAUGGAAGAGGCCAGGCUGGGACCUUGAACUGGGGCCCAAAACAAUAGUUGUCAGUCAACUUGACAACUCAGACUGAUCUGUCUGCAACUGCCCUGCCCCCUAGUAUUGUAAUGUCAGCAUCUAAAGUUGUAUUUUUCUCACUUCUUUGUGGCUUGCCUCUUCUUACCAGCUGUGUCUUUCUAUCUGUUUAAAAAAAAAAUUGGGAAAGUAGCCACCAUAUAGAGGGAUCUGUUUGAAAUUCAGCAGAGCUUGUCCUUCCCUUUAACACAAAAAAGGCAUUAUUUGACAGAAUGAGAAACUCACAGUACCAGGUUUCCUACAAAGGAAUUCUUAGUAGGCUUUUGACCCCUUAAUUUCAAAAUCGUUUGGUUCUUAAUUGAUUUAAUUUCCAAAUUUUUGAGUUUUUCUAGUACACCUGCAGCAGCACUAAGGAAGCAGAGGUCUGUGCAUUCAAUUCAUUCUGUUGUUUAGUAGUACAUUAUCUUAACCACCUAACAGCUAUGUGUUCAUAACACCUUACGUUUAAAAUAGGAGGUUAAGUUAAUUAACAGGUAUGUUAGGAGGUCAGAAUGUCACAAGUGGCCCACACGGAGGGAUGCAGCCUAGCACAAUGUAUUCAGGAGCAGCUUUUUAACUCCUUUUGCAUCAAGCUUCUGUAUAGAAAUUUCACUCUAAAGAGAAAUAUCUGGAGCCUAUCUUUAUUUCUGUGAUUUCACGUUUGAAACAAAACUAAUUUUAAAACCCUUCCAUUUGCUCAGUGGUAUCAAAGCCUUGAACAUACACUCACUAUGUGCUGAGAAGUAGAAAAGAUAAACAGAAACCCUUAGAAAUACCUAGAGUGAUUCAAUAUUAUUCUGUGUUUCUCUUGCAUUUAUUUUAAGCUUAUAUUUUAUUUUCCUUUGCUCCCACAAAUACCAUCUGUGAAUCUGGGUGGGGUACAAUCUGUGAAAUCUGCAUUACCAGCUUCAAUGAAACUCUGACUGCCAGCUCUGUGGAAGUUAUGUUUGAGUGGUCCUUUUCAAAUGGCUCUUGCAUUGCUCCAGGCCAUGCGUUAGAGAGAUGUGUCUGUGUCAUACCCAGUUGUACAGGUGUAUACUUUAAAAUGUUAGCACAUUUUCAGAACUAGUAAAUUAAAAUAAUAAAAAAAAAACACUAGUUGAAUACACUGAUAUAAAAUGAUUUUUGACCUUUUGUAUAUGUGAAUUUUGGACUGAGAUUAUCUGGCUCUGUUACAAAAUCAUUAAAUGAGGUAAUCUGUAACUCUGAUGAAGCAACUGACUGUUAUCGGCAGGUAGACUACAUCUGAGAUGGCGAAAGUACAGAAGAGGCUAGACCAUAGGAAACUCAAACCAGUGUCUUGCAGGCUUCAUUUCUAUACCUUAUGCAUCCUAUUUCUACCAGUAAUCGUAGGUGGCUGGAGAAACUACAAGUUUUCUUCUUUCUGCACAGCAUUCCUGACAUUUUAUAUUCUUACUUUUGUAAAGUACAUCGUGGUUUGAAGUGGCUCUAAUAGGUUACCUUAAGGUACUUUAAAAUACUAGCUGACAUAGCUUGAUCUAGUUAGUUAACUUCCUUUCUCAGUGAAUUUCAUGGGCUGCUUUGUUUUCAGAAGUGUAAGCUUGUGAGCAACUCCUCAGUUUAGAUUUCAACUCAGAGGUAAAUGUUUACGUGACUGUAGACAAGGUUACUUUGUCUAGGUUUUCAUGGCUGGAGACAGAUGUGCUGUAGGCAGUGAGUUGCUGAGAGGGCUGGUGACUGGUGAAGACCUUGGAGCUAGGACUUGCCAUCUGAGCAUGAUUUCAUGUCCUGGCGCAACAAAGCAGGUGUUUAAAACUAUAAAUGAUACAUUACAUGUUUCCUUGAAUUUCUGGGAGUAAGUCUGCCUUCAGGGUUUUAUUUUCAAGAAGCUGGUACAAUGCUUCUGAAAAUGAUGACAUUGCAUGUCAUCAAAAUGGACAAAAAGAAAAGCUUAGGCUCCUAAUUCAAAUCACUCUGGGGUUUUAAAAAAUGUAGUCACCCAAGUCUGUUAUGGUCAUUACUCCAUGCUUAGCAGUGUUUCUUCUUAGUUACUUACAGAAACAAGUUCAGUCUAGUUUUUUUGAUGGACGUUGCUUGUAAUGUAUAUCCUUUCUCAAGGCAAAAAAUAAAAACUUGAAAAAUAUCCUUUU